AUGAUUUCUGCACAAACAGAAGAACCAUUGGACAUUUAUCGAGAACUUCUCGAACAGAAUGUUGACGAGUUGUUUCAACUGAAAUGGGAUCAUCGAGCAAUUGAAUCACUCAAAAGAACAUUUCGAAGUCCGGAAAUCAGCAAUAAGCUAUCAUCAUUGAAAACGGCUUUGCUCGUCAUUGAAACCAUAGUCAACAAUCAAAUCUUACUUCCAUCGCAAGUCCGACGAAUUGUCAAGACAAUCACCACACAUCCCAUUGAACAAUGGAUGAAAGAAAUGAACACAAUCGUCGACGAACAAGGAAAAGCAAAAUCAGUUGAAACUCUUCUACAAGAAUUAGCUCUUGAACCAGAAAAUACAUGUCUUAAUAUCAUCGAACUCAAGCAACGCUAUCGAAAAGUCAUGCAUCAUUAUCAAACAGAAACAUCUCGAUGGACAAUCAACGAUAUUCAACGACAAACCUUCGGGGAUGACGAUCUUUAUAAAAUAGCUAUCAUCAUUCGAGCUGCUCAUCUUCACAAACAAUAUCGACCGAGAGAUAUUCAAGUUUUAUCUCUUUUGAUUUUAAUUGAAAAUCCCAAAAAGAAAGGACGAUUGGCACAAAUACGUACUGGCGAAGGGAAAUCUAUCAUUGUUGCUAUGUUGGCUGUUUAUCUUUCGCUUCCUCCAUUGAAUAAACGUGUCGAUAUUAUUACAACAUCAGAAAUUCUUGCUCAGCGUGAUGUUGAAGAAUUUGGUACAUUCUACAAAAUGUUUAAUCUAUCCGCCGGACACAAUUGUUGUAAUCCACCACAGAUACCCAAUUACGGUGUUGAUGUUGUUUAUGGAACGGUAAAUCAUUUCGCUGGCGAUCUUCUUCGUAGAGAUUUUUAUCUACAAAGUGAAAUUCGUGCUAAUCGAUCUUUUGAAGCAGCCAUUGUCGAUGAAGUUGACAGCAUGUUCAUUGAUCAACGUCAACAUUUUACACAAUUAGCAUCACUUACACCUGGUUACAAGGCGUUUAAUGUCAUUCUGAGAUUAAUCUAUUCAAUUUUUCAAACAUUUUCAAUGACUGAGGAUGCUAGACAAUUUAUUAUUCGACAACCGAAUGGUUGUUGUACAGUGGAUAUUUUGGCUUUUAUUAAAGACAAAUUAGAUAAUCGAAAUCUUGUUCAAUAUCCACAUUAUCGUAAAGCAUUUAUUAACAAGAAAUUAUCGACAUGGAUAGAAAGUGCCAAACGAGCACUUUUUCAUUUAGAAGAAAAUGUUGAUUAUGUCAUUAGUCAGGAUGGACGAAUUGUUGUCGUGGAUUUUGCUAAUACCGGCGUGUCUCAGACAAAUAUGCAUUGGAGGGAUGGUCAGUUCGGUCGAAAUCGUGACGAAUGGUUGGAUAAGAUUAAAAAAGAAUGCCAACUGAUUGCCAUUGAGCGUGAUCGAGGUGUACUGGUGAUUUGUGAAACAAUUUGUGAUGCUGAACAUAUUCGAUCGUGUUUAUCUGAUCAACAUCGAAACUUGAAAUUGUAUCUUCGUAGCGAUUUAGCUGAGCAUGUUAAACCGGAAGAAGUACAUUCUGGUGAUGUGAUUAUUGCGACGAAUUUGGCUGGACGAGGAACAGAUCUAAAAACGAUGACAGAAGUCAAUGAUCGAGGUGGUCUACAUGUGAUCGUGACAUUUAUGCCAAGAAAUUCUCGAAUCGAACAGCAAGCAUUUGGUAGAGCUGGACGACAAGGUCAACCUGGUUCAGCUCGAUUGAUCGUCUGUAGUGAAGAUCAACUUGCAACAUCUGAAUCUAUCGACGAAAGUCGAACAAUUGAUCAGUGGAAAGAACGUCGAGAUCGACUUGAAAUGGUCGAAAUGAACAUAGCUGAAACUGAAAGGAUAGGAUCUAGAAACCGAAAUUCACCUGUGUCUGUCUGUCUGUCUGUAACACUUGGUACAAAUGGUCAUUUUCGUGGUACAAAGUACCAUAGUCGGGGUACAAGUGACCAUUUACAUGGUACAAGGUGCCGCAGUCAUGGUACAAGUCACCAUUUUCAUGGUACAAAGUUCCAUAGUCGUGGUAUAAAUGACCAUUUUUCAUGCACAAGAUACGAUUUUCAUGGUACAAAUGACCAUAUUGAUGGUACAAAUGACCACAGCUUUGGUACAGAUGACCGCAUUGAUGCAUCAAAUGACCAUAUUGAUGGUACAAAUGACCACAGCUUUGGUACAGAUGACCGCAUUGAUGCAUCAAAUGACCAUAUUGAUGGUACGAAUGGCUCUCCCAAUGACGCAAAUAACCAUUGUCGCAGUAUGAAUGAUGACGUCCAUACUAUGAUUAGCCAUAGACGUGGUUAUUCGGACCAUUAUUUGGGUGAUUAG